AGUUAGUUCCAGCAUAGCGCUUAUGCCAAACCUUCUCACAAACCAAUAACACCAAUCACAACCAUGACUGAGGUCGUCUCGAGCAUCCUUGGACCUCUUUUAGAAAAACUAGCUUCACCAGCUAUUGAAGAAAUUCAACUGUUAUGUGGCAUUAAGGAUGACCAAGAGAAGCUCAAGCGCAAGUUAGAGAUGAUUCAGAACGUGCUUGCCGAUGCUGAGCAGAAGCAAACAAAAGAGGCAGCUGUGAGGCUUUGGUUGUUGAAGCUUAAAAACUUUUGCUAUGAUAUUGAGGAUGCGCUAGAUGAAUUUGAAACCAGGGCCUUGUGGAGGCGGGUGAGGUUGAAUGAGCACUUGACCCUCAAAAGGAAGGUAUGCUACUUGUCCUCGUGGCUAUCCAACUUCAUUUUCCAAUUUAAGAUGGCACAUAAAAUGAAAGAAUUGAGAAAGAGACUCGAUGGGAUCAAUAAAGAGCAAACUAAGUUCAACUUGUCGAGUGAUGUUCAUGAAAAGGCUAUAGUUCCAUGGAGAGAAACUCAUUCUUUUGCACUUGCUUCGAAAGUGAUUGGAAGGAACAAAGAAAAGGAAGAAAUAAUAGAGCUGUUGAUAGGGUCAAAUGAUCGUAGACCUAAAAUGAUAGCAGUAAUUCCUAUUCUUGGAAUGGGAGGUAGUGGAAAGACGACUCUCGCUAAAUUGGUAUACAGUGAUGAUAGGGUUAAAAAACAUUUUGAUUGUAAAAUUUGGUUAUCCAUGCCAGUACAAUUCGAUAUUACGAAGAUAGUAAGAGACAUCAUCGAGUCUCUUGGCGACAAAGAAAAAUAUGAUAAAUUUGACAUGUUGCAAAAUCGCCUAAGAAGUAUGGUGGAGAACAAAAGGUGUUUGUUCAUAAUGGAUGAUGUGCGGGAAGUAACGCAAGAGGCUUGGGACAAAUUGACAAAGUUGUUAGAAGGCGUUUUCGAAGGGAGUAAAGUCAUCGUGACUUCACAAAAUAAAUCGAUUGCCUCAAUCAUGGGCACUGUCCCCCCACAUAAUUUGGCCAACCUUUCACAAGAGGAUUCUUUGACCUUAUUUGUGGAGUACGCAUUUGUUCAAGGCCAAGAGAAGAAUCACCUAGACCUUAUGGUAAUUGGUAAGGAAAUCGUGACCAAGUGCAGGGGAAAUCCUAUGGCGGUGAAGGCCUUGGGAAGCUUGUUGUAUUCGACAAAAAAUCGGAGCGAUUGGGAAUAUGUAAGAGAUAGUGAGAUGUGGCAAUUACAAAUUGAAAUUUUAGCUUCUUUGAGAAUAAGCUACGAUCUGAUGCCGUCUCACUUGAAACGAUGUUUCGCUUAUUGCUCGAUAUUUCCGAAGAACCACAAGUUCGACAGCAUUAAUUUGAUCCAACUGUGGAUCUCGAACGGGCUUAUCCAAUCCAAUGGAAAUAAUCAGGAGCUGGAAGAGAUUGGACAACAAUACUUGGAGGAGCUGAUGUCGAGAUCCUUCUUUGAUGUUGUCGAGGACAUUGACCUUCUCCUGACCUUCGAAAUGCACGACCUCAUCUACGAACUUGCCAUUUCUGUGGCACAAACUGAAUCGUCCAACAUCAAAGUGUGGACACAAGAUAUUUCCUCAACAACUCAGCAUAUAUCAUUUCCUGACCCAUCUGGUGUACCAAAAGAUGAACUAAGCAGCUGCUUGAGCAAACUGAGCCGCGUCCGUACCAUCAUGUGUGAGGAGUUGGGAUCCUCUGCCUCUGCGAGGUUCUUUCUGGAGACAUGCAUUUCGCGAUUCAAGCACUUGCGAGCCUUAUGGCUACGGGGCUCUAGCUUUGACCUAUUGCCUGCUUCCAUUGGCAAUCUAAAGCAUUUGAGGUUUCUUAGUUUAAAGGGCAACGGUAAUAUCAAGAAACUCCCCAAAUCAGUAUGCGAGCUUCGCAAUCUGCAGACCUUAGAUCUUGGUGGGUGCAAGGACCUUGAGGAAUUGCCUGCAAACAUCAAGAAUAUGAUCAACCUCCGUGUUUUGAUAAUAACCACGAAUCAGCGGCGUUUCCCGGAGAGUGGCAUAGGAUGCUUGACCUCUCUGCGAUGGUUAGCCAUUGUAAGGUGCGAGAAUUUGGAGGCUUUGUUCGAUGAUAUCCAAUUGCUUACAUCGCUCCAUAUGUUGAUCAUUGGAGAAUGUCCGAAGUUGGCUUCCUUACCACAAGGCAUCAAGAAUCUGAAGGCAUUGGAGCGUCUCUGCAUUUAUUACUGCAAGAGCCUGAGGCUGCCAGAGGGCGAAAGUAAUGAGCCGGACUCCAUGUCGAGACUUCAAUCCUUCACGCUCGCGGAAUUACCGGAACUGGUUUCAUUGCCUGGAUGGCUUGAAGGUUCUACAAGUACGCUGCAGAGCGUAACAAUUGUGGGUUGUCCAAACUUGCGUGCAUUGCCCGAGUGGUUGCAAAAUUGUUCUUCUCUGAGAACACUGGAGAUUCAAGACUGUCCUGAAUUGUCCUCUCAUGGCAUUUGCCUCAUCCCCACAUUGACAGAGCUGCGGAUAAUUAAUUGCGGGAAAUUGGGCAGUUGGGAGAAGACUCAGAAGAGCAUAGUGGAGAAGACCCAGAAGAUGAUAAUAGACAAGAAUGUUUAAAACUGAUCCAUCGAAACAAUCAUUUCCACGAGAGCUGUAGACAAUUUAUUUGCGGGGGAAUUGAGCAAGAACACCAAUGUUUGAAGAAGAAGAUAAUUGCGAAUAAAUAUCUAAAUAUGUGUAUGUUGUCCCAUAAGAUAUUUUCUUACAAGAAUGUGAGUGGUAAUGUCUAGCUAACAGCUUGGCCACUCUAAAAAUAUCUAGAAAGAUAUCUUUUUAGAAAUAUCUGUUUACUUAUGAGUGUGUAAAGAAUUCUC